AUAUCAAUCACCAUGGCACGAAGCGUCUGAGUUGAGCUGAGCAGGACAGCUACGUGCUGGUGCGGUCUGCGGAUAUGUCCGUCGUCAGUAGUGAGUGAGUGAGGUCGCCUGCUAAAUCCUAGAAGCUCUAGAGGAAGCGCACCUUCAUGCCAAGAAGCGAGUGGCUACGGUGUGCACCUCCGUCCGUCUUGUCUGUUUACCCAGCGGCGCUCCAACACUUUUUGUUACUGUCUGUGAGGGGUGCAGAUGAAGACACACAUAGGAGGGAGAACUACUGAGAGAGAACCCAGACUCAUCCUACGCACACAGAUCUGAGAUCUGACCUCUCACCUCUGACCCAGUGCCCCCUACUGGUGCGGACCACCUCUGAUCCUACCGUGAUGAGCGCGUGCGGCAGGAAGGCUCUGGCAUUGCUGAGCAGCGUGUUUGCGGUCAGCGGGCUGGGGCUUCUGGGAGUUGCGGUCUCUACAGACUACUGGCUGUACCUGGAGGAGGGGGUCAUCCUGCCCGUGAACCAGACCACUGACAUCAGGACCUCCCUGCACUCUGGACUCUGGAGAGUCUGCUUCCUGGCAGGUGAAGAGGCAGGUCGCUGUUUCACCAUCGAGUACAUCAUGCCCAUGAACUUACAGCUGACCUCUGAGUCCACAGUCAGUGUACUUAAGAUGAUUCGUUCAGCCACUCCGUUUCCUCUGGUCAGUCUGUUCUUUAUGUUCAUCGGCUUUGUGCUAAACAACAUCGGACACGUCCGACCUCAUCGCACCAUCCUGGCCUUUGUCUCCGGAAUCUUCUUUAUCCUUUCAGGUCUGGCUCUGGUGGUAGGUCUCGUGUUGUAUAUAUCCAGUAUUAAUGACGAGAUGUUGAACAGGACUAAGAGCAGUGAGUCCUACUUCAGCUACCGGUACGGCUGGUCCUUCGCCUUCGCUGCCAUCUCCUUUCUGCUCACUGAGAGUGCGGGCGUCAUGUCCGUCUACCUGUUCAUGAAGCGCUACACAGCCGAGGAAAUGUACCAGCGCCACCACCCCGGCUUCUACCGGCCACGCCUCAGUAACUGCUCUGACCACUCCGGUCAGUUCCUGCACCCGGAGACCUGGGCACGUGGACGCAGCCCCUCGGACAUCUCCAGCGAAACCUCACUCCAGAUGAGCACCAGCUACCCGGCCCUGCUCAAGUGCCCCGACUACGACCAGGUCUCCUCCUCACCCUGCUGAAGGGGUCAUAUCAGGUCAGGGCAGGUCGCCAAGGUCAAGGGUGAGAAGUCAUAGGUGAUGUUGCU